AUGUUUCGUGAGAAUAGAACCAAACUUGCCAAAUCGAUAAAGUCCACAAUGGAUGAAAGUGCUUUGAUUGUGUUGGUUGGAGGACCCAGUACCACUCGAUUCGAUAGCGACAACGAACCUGUGUUUCGGCAGGAAAGCUAUUUUUGGUGGUUGUCUGGCGUAAAGGAUGCAGAUUGUGCUCUAAUUCUCGACGAGGAUGGAAGAAUGACACUGCUGGUCCCAAAUCUACCAGAAGACUAUGCGACCAUUAUGGGCCACAUUAAAAGUAAGGAGGAAUGGAAGGAGCUCUAUGGCGCUGAUGAUGUUGAUUUCACAGAAAACCUCGAACAAGUCCUGGAAAGUAAGGUGGUGUCAAAUGACAAGUCAACAAAGAUUCUUCUCAUGGAGGGAGUGAAUUCAGACUCUGGCAAUACUUAUGACCUCGCUCCCGAAUUCAAAUCGAAUAAACUCGUUGAGCAACAAGAUAAGACAACCCUUUUCCCAAUUCUCGCAGAGUGCCGUGUGCACAAGUCAAAAUUGGAACUUGCGUUACUGGAACAUGUAGCACAGAUUUCAUCCUUUGCACAUUCCUAUGUGAUGAGAAAUCUCAAACCAGGAAUGAUGGAAUAUCAAGCGGAGUCUCUGUUCAUGCAUUAUGCGUAUUUCAACUUUGGGUCCAGACUUGUCAGCUAUACAUCAAUUUGCGGUUGUGGACCAAACGCUGCUAUACUUCACUAUGGGCAUGCUGGUGAGCCGAAUGCUCGGCUGAUAGGAGAAGAAGACAAUUGUCUUUUUGAUAUGGGAGCAGAGUAUCAAUGCUAUGCAAGCGACAUUACAUGUAGCUUUCCAGCGAAUGGAAAGUUCUCUGCCAAAUACCUCCCAAUCUACAAUGCUGUCUUGCAAGCUCAAAUUACAGUCUAUGAAAUGUUGAAACCAGGGGUAUCGUGGGUCGACUGCCACAAGGCGGCGGAGAAAACAAUUUUGACAGCCCUAGCAGAAAUGGGAAUUGUAAGUAAGGGGCCCGAUGUUUCAUUCGAUGACUUGGUAGAGUUGAGAUUGGGGGGCAUAUUCAUGCCUCAUGGUUUGGGGCAUUUUAUCGGGAUCGACACGCAUGAUGUCGGUGGCUACUUGCCAGGCCAUCAACCACGAAUACAGCUGCCUGGAUUGAGCAAACUCAGAACCGCCAGAUUACUGGAAGAGAACAUGGUUUUAACUGUGGAACCUGGGUGCUACUUUAUUGAUCAUUUACUAGAUGGAGCGCUGAACAAUCCUGCUCUAUCAAAGUACCUGAACGAACAAAAGCUAAAGCCAUAUCGAGGUUACGGUGGUGUACGUUUAGAGGAUGUGCUGGCAAUAACUAAAGACGGCUGUGUCAACUUCACAGUUUGCCCAAGGACUGUAGAAGAAGUCGAAGGAGUGAUGGCUGGAGGUAAAUGGCCACCAAUGAAAGACUCUACUCCAGAGCUAAGAAGAAUCAAUCUUGUACGGGCAUCUCCAAUGCUUGGUCCACUAGGCACCUAG